AUGUUCAUGGAGGGAUUUUUGUUUUGUAUGAAAAUUGAUUCAGCUAUUUUCAGAUAUACAGUCAAUGAAGUUUUAUCAAUGUUGGAAGAUGAAACGUUUUUGAAUGAUGAUGUAAUUUUAUUGCCUCCUUCUGGUAAUUGUUCGGAUGAAGAUAGUGGUCACGAAGAAAGCACAAAUGCUGACAAUCUUAGUGCACAACAAUUGACUGCCCCGGCUGAUUUUAGAAUUAACUAUGAAGAUGAUAUUGUUGAUAGUGUUGAUAAACUAUUCAAAGAUGAUGUUUUACUAUCAGCUGAAAUACCAGAACUCAUAAAAAGUGAAUGGGUUAGACGCAAUUUACCGGAUAAAGACUUUGGUUCAAAACCAUUUGAGAGAAAAUUGAAUAUUAAUUUGACACCAACUCAACUUUUUAAUGCCUUUUUUGAUGACAGUGUCAUUAAUUUCAUUAAAGACAUGACAGAGUUAUAUACAAGAAGAGAUAAAGGAAAGCAUAAUUUUUCUACCACAUUAGAAGAAAUUUGUAUUUUUUUUGCUAUGCUUCUUUGUCAGAUAUUGUUGAGCAUUUUUAAUGAGUAUUCUGAGGGCUAUAUUGCCGAAAAGGUUCAUGUAGGUAUUAUUUCAAAUGGUUUGGCAUUGUUUGCUCACUGGGUUGGACUUAGAGUAGGGAAAAGUUUACACAUUUCACAUGUUGGAGAAUCGUAUGCCAACAUCAGUAGCAUACAAGAGAGACCACCCGCCAAGCAGUUAAACGAUUUCACACCGGCUCAGUUAGAGAAGAAACAUCAAAUUUCAAUAAAAAAAAAAACUUCUAGUAAGAAAAUUGAAAAAACAAAUUUUAAAUCGAUUAAUGCCAACAAUUCGGUAAUUCAAUCGUCGAAUGGGAAAUCAUGCAGUCUUGAUCCGCUCCCAACAUUUCUUCUAAAAGAACAAUUGGACUUGCUCUUGCCAUUUUUGUGCCACCUGGUCAACAGCUCCAUCCAUAUGUCAAUCAUGCCAAGAUCUCAGAAAACGGCUAUAGAACGCCUUAUAAACUCCUUCAAAUUGACGGGUUCAAAGAUCCAUUGA